CCCUGGGUGGGGCAGCCUGCGAGCCAGCAGCGCGUCUGGGGCUCUCCUCAGAGGAAAGCAGUAGCUGCUCGCUCCCCUUUGGGGCGCGUGGGGGGCCAGCACGCAGGGGCGGGGCCCGCCAGGCGCGCCUGGCUGCGGUCUGAGCGAGGGUGAUGUGUUUUCCUCGGGCUGGUGCGCGGCCGUCUGGGGCAGGAGCGCUGGCCCUCUCCGCCCCCACCCCUGACCUGGGGGCUGUUGAUAGUCUGGUCCGUCUGGGCUACUCACUCGCUGCUCACAGUCCCAGAGACUCCUGUCUCCAAAGGGGAAAACUUGUCAAGGACAGCUGUUGACAAGUGGGUCACAGGCCACAGUUUCUAUCACUGGUCAGGAGGAGAUAGCUAGCCAGGUCAGAACAGAAGGAGCUUUGAGAAGGCCGCCUGGCCUGCCCAAGCUCCCAGCGGGUGCUGGCCCCCAAGGUCACAUCCCGAGAGAUAGGGGCUGCUCUCCUGCACAAACAGCCCUGCUCGCCCAUAUAAGCCAGGGCAGCCCAGCCCCUGGAAGCACCCAGAAUGCAGGGCCCGCCCCUCUCUCGGCUGGCCCUGGUGCUGUCGGUGCUGGGGGCUCUGCUGAGGGCCGGGACCCCCAGGGAAGAGACCUCCAGCACCCCAACCUUGCCUGGGGAGCCAACUACAGACACUGGGGGGCUCAUCUUCCACCAAGACUGGGAAUGGCCCCCCCCCAGCAUCCGGCCACCAGGCAGCCCUGGGGAUCCUCUGUGCCUGGUGACCCUGGGUGGGGGUGGCAAUGGGAGCAGUGCUCUCCUGCGGGUGGUGGGGGCCUUGAGUGGCUACGAGCAGGCCUUCCUGGAGGCUGUGCAGCAUGCCCGCUGGGGCCCUCGCGACCUGGCGACCUUCGGGGUCUGCCCCCCCAGCGGUAGGCAGGCUGCCCUGCCCCACCUACAGCAGCUGCAGGCGUGGCUGGGGGAGGCCGGGGGGCGGCGGCUGGUGGUCCUGCACCUGGAGGAAGUGAUGUGGGAGCUGACGCCCUCGCUGAAGUUCCAGGAGCCUCCACCUGGAGGAGCCAGUCCCCUGGAGCUGGCCCUGCUGGUGUUGUACCCAGGAACCGGCCCGGAGGUCACCGUCACCGGGACUGGGCUGCCUGGCACCCAGAGUCUCUGUCCAGCUCCGGACUCCAGUUACCUGGUGCUGUCUGUGGACCGCCCGGAGGUGGCCUGGCGCGGCCCUGGGCUCGCCCUGACCCUGCGGCGUCGCGGAAACGGUGCCCCCCUGAGCACUGCCCAGCUGCAGGCCCUGCUGUUUGGCUCGGAUUCCCGCUGCUUCACACGGAUGACCCCGGCCCUGUUGCUGCUGCCCCCACAAGGGCCUGUGCCUCUGUCUGCGCGAGGCCAGCUGGACUCGGUGCCCUUUCCACAGCCCAGGGCAUCCCCGGAGCCCGAGGAGCCGCUCCCCAGCGCUGACCCCUUCCUGGAAACUCUCAUGCGCCUGGUGCGCGCGGUGCGGGGUCCCCCGGCCCGAGCCUCGCCCCCGCGUCUGGCCCUGGACCCCGGAGCGCUGGCCGGUUUCCCGCAGGGCCAGGUCAACCUGUCGGACCCCGCGGCGCUGGAGCGCCUGCUGGACGGCGAGGAGCCUCUGCUGCUGCUCCUGCCGCCCACCGCAGCCACCGCCGGGGGCCCCGCGCCGCUGCAGGAUCCUGCCUCCGCGCUCUGGGCUGAGGGCCUCACGCGCCGGGUGACCGCCAAGCUUCAGAGGGCGGCCGAGGAGCUGCGCGGCCUCCCCGGGCUGCCGCCAGCCGCCACGCCACUGCUGGCACGCCUCCUCGCGCUGUGCCCGGGGGACCCGAGCGGCCCCGGCGGCCCGCUGCGCGCGCUGCUGCUACUAAAGGCGCUGCAGGGCCUGCGCGCCGAGUGGCACGGGCGGGAGCGGAGCGGCCCUGCCCGGGCGCAGCGCAGUGCGGGGGCCCCAGCCGCCGACGGGCCGUGUGCGCUGCGCGAGCUGCGCGUGGACCUGCGCGCCGAGCGCUCGGUACUCAUCCCUGAGACGUACCAGGCCAACAACUGCCAGGGCGCGUGCGGCUGGCCGCAGUCGGACCGCAACCCACGGUACGGCAACCAUGUGGUGCUCCUGCUGAAGAUGCAGGCCCGCGGCGUGGCCCUGGCGCGCCCGCCCUGCUGCGUGCCCACAGCCUACGCCGGCAAGCUCCUCAUCAGCCUGUCGGAGGAGCGCAUCAGUGCACACCAUGUGCCAAACAUGGUGGCCACCGAGUGCGGCUGCCGGUGACCCUGUGCCCCAAGUGGCGCACUGGCCCAUAUUUAUUUGGACCCCUUCAUCACCCCAAUAAAGACCAGAAAGCACGUGG